AUGAGCGUGGCGCCGAAAGCAGUCAGAAAACGUUCCGUCACUCUGAAUUCUUUGGAGCCUUUUCUGAGGAAGCAAAAGAGGGAAAGGCUUCGUACAACCAGCAUCAAUUCCAUCGCAUCAGGAAUCGCAAGCUUCCCAGAACGGCAGCGUUCUCUAACAUGGCAUGGCGCCGAAGAUGAAGGUGGCCUUGGGGGCUCCUCACCCAAAUUGACCCUGCCGCUGAAUUCAGCUCACGAUAUUGCUGAUUUAAAAGAUUUCCACGACGAGUUGGAAUCUCAAGAAGUCAUAAAGCACAUUAUAACCGAAGAGCUGGAUAGAUCUCUGUUCGAUUGUGACUACGACAGCGAAAGAUGUGUGGCACAGUGCGCGGAUAUAAGCCAAGCGGUGGAAUCGAGAGUCAAAGAAAUCACUCCGCACGAAACGAAGGUACUGGCUGUGGUGUAUAUAGGUGAGAUACGGGAUCAGGGACUUGAAAUAACCAGUCAAUGCCUCUGGGACCCGGAAACAGACAAUUUUGUAACUGCAAGUUUCAGGAGCAAGACUCUGUUCGCCGUGUGCACUGUUUUUACGGUUCAGUACUGA